CUGAGCAAGUGUGAUGAGAGGAUUAGUGUCGCUCUCGGUCGAACGUGAGAUGUGAGUGUUUGAAGUGAUUGCAAGUGAAACUGAAUGAUGUUCCUUGUAGUGUAUCGUAGGUGAGGGAUGAGGCAUUGGGCAUCGUCAUGAGCGUGUUUAGCGAGUUCCACAAGGCCUGGCGAGCCAGAUUCCCCGGGAAUGAUCUGCCGGCGGCGUGGGAGGAGGAUGUUCGUGCCAAUCUGUCCAAGCAUCGCGCGCGAGUGGCUCUCCUGAAGGAGGAACUGGAGAAGGAACAGUUUUACGUGGAAUACCUGGAGUGCCUGCUGAACGACGUCCAGCUGCAGAAAAGGAAUGAGGGUGAGGCUGGCGAGUUCUCAAGCCAACAAGUCGAGGAGGAGGAGCGAGGCCAAGGGGAGGGCAGCGAGGGGGCAGCCCCUGUGUUCCCCGGCGGCGUGGAUUCCGCCGUCACCCAGGCCAUAAACACCAUGAUGGUGCAGCGCCGCGGCCAACCCGCCAAAGGGCACAUCUCGCCCACCCAGGACGGCGACGAGGCAGAGGCGAAGGAGAGGGAGCCGUCGCAGGGAGAGGAGGCGGCCAAGAGCGAAGGAGCCAAGUCAGCGAUGUUGUCGGACGAGGAGGACGGCUCCCCCCUGGCGCCCAUCACUCCUCUGGCUGCAGCCCCUCCCUCGGGGGGCAGCACUGUCAAGGACCUUGCACGGCGGUUCACAGCUUCAGGUAUGGUGUCUCCUGGCAUGAGCGGCGCAGGACGCCCUCCAGCCUACAACCGCUCCACCUCCGUCCCUGCCUCGUCGGGAGGACCCGGGGCCAAAGAAUCACAGUUCGUAACUGUCAUCUCCGUGAACGGAGCCGGGCAGAGUGAAGACUCCCGAGGAAGAAAGGUCCCCCCAGCGCCUCCCCCGAAGACGUUUCGCCGGUCCACUGGCGCCGAGGGUGAGGGUGACAUCAAGAUUGUGCCUUCGUCUCCCGGCUUGUCGCGUCCUCCUCAUGCCGCCCCUCGUUCCCCCCAGCGCCCCCGACACCCCUCCCCCGUCAGGGACUCCCAGAGCACCCCAACCAAAAGUCCUUUGCAGAAGACACUCUCCGCCUCGAGCGACGGCCGCCCUUCCUCGGGCAAGGAGCCGCACAAGUCCCCCCAGUCGGGCCGAGACUUGCAAAAGUCACCCUCCAACUCCAAGGAGUUGCAGAAGUCGCCGUCGAGUGCGUCUUCUUCCACCGGAAGUCUUGGCAAGAAAUGCGUGUCGAAGUCUUCGUCCAGUGCUUCCUCGAGCGCCGGAAGUGGGGCUGCUCCUCGCCGCGUCGGCUUGAGCAAGACCUCUUCGCUGUCCUCCUCGAGGUGCGGCGAGGAUGAGGAUGAGGUUGGCGGCGGGUCGGCAUCAGGAGCCUCCCUCGAGAACCUGACGGAUGACGAGCCUCUGUACGACACGGUUGCUCCCGACGAGGACGAGGAUACGGGCGAAUACGUCCUGCUUUCCGACAAGAGCUCCGAAUACAAUGGCACAGACACUCUCAAGUCGGCAGCCUCGGGGGCGUCGAGCGAGGGCGGCCUCAGCAAAUCCGGUGGAGGUGCGUCCUCAGGAGCCACGCCUUCGGGAGGCUCACCUGCACCAGAUCACCCUCCGGACUCCCCGAAAUACUCCAACUACGUCAACAUUGACUUUUUCCUCAAAAAGAAAAAGGCUCGAGGACGACCCGUGCAGCGGAGUGACAGCGUCGAGUCGGACGAGGACGAGAUGCCCAACCUCCUGCGCUCCAUCUCCUCCGACCACGAGGACGAGGUCAGGGAUGAGGCCCUCGAUAUUGAUUCAGGGGUGUAUGGGAGCAGCGUGGAGUCAACCAGCCACAUGCCCUCCGCCCCGCCCACGCCACCCACCGCAGCGAGAUGGGCGUCUGCCGAUCUCCCCGAGCAGCCCAAAUCGAGCCCGGCGGCGGAGGCCGAGCGGAUGACCAUGUACCGGUGCAUUAUCUCCUCCAUUGUGGAAUCCGAGACCAUUUACCUAGAGUGCUUGGAUGUGGUGUUGCAAUACAUGAAGGCCUUGAAGGCUACCCUGACGACCUCCCAGCCCGUCAUCUCGCCAGAUGACUUUUCGACCGUGUUCUACCGCAUCAGCGAGCUCCAUGCAGCCCACAGUGCCUUUCUCCAGGGCCUCCGGGAGCGCUCUUCAGAGCUCGAUGGCUCAGGCACCAUUGGGGAGCACUUUAGAGAUCUGGCAAGCAAAUUAGAUGUGUAUGCCUCAUUCCUGCAAAACUACCCUCGUGCCAUAGAAACUGUGAGACGAUGCAGUUCUCAGAGUCCUCAAUUUGCUGACAUCACACGCUCCAUCAAACUCCGGUCCCUCCAGGGCCAGCCACAAUCUCUUGAGGACCUCUUGCACAGACCUGUUGCGAGAGUCCAGAAAAAUGCUCUAGUCCUUCAUGACUUGCUCAAGUAUACUUCAGAGAACCAUCCUGAUCAUGAAACUUUAAAAGAAGCUCUCAAACUUACACAGAACUUUUUAACACACCUUUCAAUGAUUCACACUGAGGCAAUGUUUCCAGCUCAGGAUCGUCCUCAGCGGCACUUGGUUCGCAAUUCAUUUAUUGUAGAGUUGGUUGAAGGUCACAGAAAACUUAGGCAUCUCUUUUUGUUCAAUGAUGUUAUAGUUUGUGCCAAGUACAAAGUAAGUGGCGCUCCAACAGGAAGAUCAGAGAAGUUUACAUUUGAAGUGAAAUGGUACAUUAGCCUCCAUGAUAUAGCUGUGUUAAAUGACAGUGGACCAGAGACUCUAAAAGAAUCUAAUCCUCCAAACUUGGUCUCACUUAAGUCACAAGCCUCUACUAUUCGCGACCAGUUAAGACGAAUAGACAAUAUGGGUGAAAAGGGGGCUAGCCGAAUGAAUCAAGCUCGAAAUGAAAAGCAUCGGAAGAAACUAGCUGAAUUGGAGGCCCAGCUAGUUCUAGCAUCUCCAAACCUCCCAUUUAGAAUAUCGAAGCGAGCGGGACCUGUCCACACAUUCCUUCUAACUUCAGAAUAUGAGCGAGAUCAGUGGGGUGAAGCCAUCCAAGUACUGCAGGCCAACACCCCAGGAGUUGGAGGAAGUUCUCUCACCCUCCAUGAGCUCCAGGGAUGGAUCACAGCCUACAGAUCCUUCCUAAAGACCAACAUGGGUUCCUUCUUGCUCAAGUCUGGGAGAGAUGAUUCUUUACUGUUGGGUGACCUGCACAUUGUGGUUUCUAGUCUACAUGGCCUUACUAGACCUGCAAAGAUGUUUGUGUGCUUUGAAGUAGACUCGUAUGGCCAUUUCUUCCGUAAAGUAAAGACAAAACAAGCUGAAGGUGUUGAACCCCACUGGAAUCAGGACUUCAUAAUUGAAUUGGAAGGGUCACAGACACUUCGAAUUUUAUGCUAUGAAGAAGAUCCAAAAUUGGGUGUACAACUGAGGGGAAAGGCUCACCUUGAGCUGUCACGCUCAUGGUUGAGUGACACCUUGAAUGAAAGGCGUGUCAGUCUUCAGGACUUGGUGUUGGUGCUUUCCCUAAAGUUCCUCCCUCCUGAAGCCACACUCAGAAGAGUCCCAACUGGAAAGUCAUCUGGAUUGUUUGGCACUAACAUUGCCAAUGUGUGCAAGCGAGAAAAGAGAAGUGUACCGUUUAUAGUGACGAGGUGUGUGCGUGAGGUGGAAAGACGUGGGAUGCAGGAGGUCGGAAUAUACAGAGUGUCUGGCUUAGCAUCUGAUAUCACAAAGCUGAAAAAGUCCUUUGAAUCAAAUCCUUAUGAAGCUGAGCAACUUGUCAAGGAGGUGGACAUUCAUUCAGUUACCGGCCUUCUAAAACUUUUCCUGCGUGAACUUCCGGAGGCUCUCUUUACAGAUGAGCUCUAUCCUCGUUUCUUUGAAGCAUACAGUGCUGCAGAUCCCGAGUACCGGAAAACCACAAUACUCAAACUAUUUUCAUCGCUACCCCAGCUAAACCAGUCAAUUAUCGCCUAUCUUCUUGAACAUUUAGUAAAAGUGCACCAGAUGGAGCAUCAGAACAAAAUGUCUCUUCAUAAUUUGGCCACAGUCUUUGGGCCAACACUGAUCCGGCCAGGAGCCAAGGCCGGUAACCCAUCUCCAGCAGAACAGCUUGCAGCAGGCACAGUGGAUGUCAUGGCUCAGGCAGGAAUACUCCAUUUCUUCCUCACAAGACGUGCACAUGGAGAACCAAUACAGGGUGUCAACCAAUAGGUGUAGAGUCAUAUAUUGUAUGUGUGUGUAUAUAUAUCUAUUAUUUAAUAUUUGUUUUAACUAUUACUUUCUGAACAAAAGUUCAGAUCAUAAUACUGGACUCAAUUGCCAUUAAAGGCCUUAUGGAUGGUGGUAUUACGGCUUCUCAUUCUUUGGUCUAGAUGCAAUGCUAUAGAAUUAUCUAGUGACAACACUAUGUAUAUAAGACAUUUAUAUUGAACUUAACAGUGAAUUCUACUGUGUUUUCUCAUAUUAAUUGCUAGUGGCUAUAAGUAAAAACUGCCAACGUGAUGGAGAUGUGGAAAAAAAUGAAUAUUAGUGGAAAAAGAAAGAGGAAAUAAAAUAGAUUACAGAUCUUCCAUAUAUCCAUAUUUUGUAUGUGACGUGGAAGUUGGUAAACAUACCCCUGGAAAAAGGAUAGUUUUUCAGUCAGGACUUUGUAACCUCAAAUGCCUUCCUGUUCAACCCACACAUUUUAUACUCUUUGAUAUCAUAAUCCUUUUUCAGGUUUUUGGGUUAAACUUGGAUGUUCUUUCUUUCUUUUCUUUUCAUUUUUUUUUUUUACAUAUGAGUGCUAAGACCAGUGUUCUGUUUAGUAAAGUGUAUGCAUUUUGCCCCAGAAAAGAAUCAGUGCCUACUGGAAGAGAACCUAACAUACACUGUGACGUUUUCCACCUUCAUGUGACUUGUAGAUGAUUUUAGAUGAAUGUGUCAUUUUUGGAGGAUGCAGUAGAGAGCCUUAGGAACUUUUUUACGCAAGUAAAAUGAUGAUAGAAUAAUGAUGAUAUAUAUUUAUGUGAGCCUCAGGAGGUGAGCUUAACUUGAAUUUUUUUUUCUCCUUUUUUACUUCCUCUGUUUUCUUGAAAAUGCUAGUCACUACCAUGUGAAAGUUGGUAUGAAUGCAAGUAUUAUUUAGAUUUGUGUUGAGCUUUACAAAACUUGUCACUUAAUUAAUUUGUAGUUGUACCAGAUACCCAUUGUGGAUGUAACAAUCCAUGGAAUUUUAAGCAGUUUCAUUUUUUUUGUGACAAACUAUAUAUUCAUGGUACUGCUUCAUUUUUUCUGUCAUAUAAAUAUUUUAUAUUAAUCUUUUUGGAAAAUCUAGAUGAAAACAAUAUUCAGGUAAAAAUGCUUGACAGUAAUUUAGUAAUUUAGUUAUUGCAUAAAGAAGAAGGUUUAGUCUCAUAGAUUAUGAGAAUACUUGCAUUUCUGAUAAUACAUAAAGCCUUACAUACAAUAAAAUCAAUUUCUAUAGCCAGUGACAGGUAUUAAUGCAGUAUGUGUUGCUUGAAUGAUGAUUUAUUGCAAAGGAUUAAUGCAUACAUAUAUAUACUUUACAUGCAUAAACAGUUGCAUGAUUAGGAUUAUAACAAGGCAGUGACAGUGUUAUAUAAUCUGACAAACUUUAUCUACAGAGCUUUUAUACCUUUAAUAAUACCAGAUGUAGCAACAGAAACUAAGCAUUCACAUUCUUUCACAGUAUAAAUGUUGCUUUUUUUACAGAAUGAUUCACAGCUGUUGUAUCCUGUUUGUGGUCAGAUUGUAAAUAUCUGAGAUACAUAAUGAAGUGUUGAAAUGUUUAUGUGUAUUACAAUAUCUCAUUUUUUUAGAUGUGAUGUUAAAAUGAUAUUGCUUUGUCUUUUGAGAUGGUAUGGAUAUAUUUUAUUUUUGCCCUAAACCAUUCCUAAAAUACUUCUUAUUUCCACAACAUCAUAUUUUGUAUGACUUAGAUGCCAAUGUAAUUUUAUCCUGUUUUGUUACCAUUUCUUAUUGUUUUAUACAAGUUUUUUUCAAGUGCAAAUCCAAAAUAGGAAUGUUGCCAUAAUAAGAUUUGUAUUAUAGAUCCAGUGAUCAAGGUAAUAAGUGUAAGUCAUUGCUACUGUGAUACAUUUGAGUUGAUUAGUAAAAUUGUUGUGUAUUUAGUUCUUUCAUACACUUUGAAAAAGAUUUCAUUUAGGUUCCAUUUCAGUUCCAACAUUGUAGAGUAUCAAUACCCAAUAUUUUUUAAUAAACCUAUUAAGUUUUGGUAUUUUUUUCUAAUGUGAAUGCAUCUCAGGUGCUGGCAAAGUUGCUGAAUGAAACAAAUCUGAAAAAAAUGCGCACAGAUUGUGCAGUUAAGGUAUUUGUGGAACAGUACCAUAGUUUUGGUUUUAAGAACAUAUCAAGGGUCUCUUUGUGUAAUCAUAUCAUAUAUGAAAUAUACUCUUGCAAAAUGCUUGUUAGGUGUACUGUGAUGUGUUACAUAUAUAUAUAAUUUUUUCCAGUCAUCUUUUACAAAGAGUGAAUUGUAACUCCUACAUUCAUUGAUACCUGUGGCCUUGACAGCAUUCAGGUGUGUGAGAAGAAUUACCGUAUCUUUUGCUCGGUGGUUAUUUAAUUAAUCUUUUCCAGGGAUUGGCCCACAACUUUGCAAAUAUUCUUGGAAUACACUGUAAUCAUUUCUUGAGAUACAAUGUAAUCCUAUAUGUGUCAGCAUAUUAUAUCUAUAGGUAAUAUGUAAUCUGAUCAUGUAUUAAUAUCACAGUCAUAAAGAAAUACUUAUAAAAGUAAAAAAAAAAAAACUUUGAUGGUGCACUAACGGUCAGAAAAAAAUGCAGAAUAUUGCAUUACAAGACCUUCAACUGGUGCAAGUUUCCUCUCCUGUGCAAUGGAUAGUAUUGCUACUUGUCUAUGAUACUCUUGUGCUCAUGAUGCAUCAUUGUGACACCAGUAAUGGAAAGUGCUUAUGUAGGUGUAGAUAUUUGUAUAUAUAUAUAUUUGUAAAUUGUGCUUAUUUUGUACAUUAGGUGUCUGGAGACUUUUGUGUAAAUGUCAUAGUCAGUGCAUAUUAUAUUUUAGUUUAUAGGUUAAUAUUGCCUGAACAGAUUUAUGUUUCAAGAAAUGAGGUAACCAUGAAUUCCUCUCACUAUAAAAUUUAAAUAAUUUGUAUAGUCUUUAUAGUGGUCAACUUGAUAUGCUCAGAUUGUUAUGCAUAAUUUUUGAGCUAUAUGUUCAAACCUUACUGGAAAUUUGUUCAUAUUGUUAGUUAUCUGGCUCAAUCUUUAUUAACCAUUCAUCUUUUUAGAAAAUAAGAAAGAAGAACGUGUUACAUCAGCUUGUUCUAUAAAAGUUGAUUGAAAAUUAUCAUAAAGAAUAAAGCCAUUAUAUCUUUGAUCUGUUGUGAUAUCUCAUUCAGAAAAAGUUUCCCAUGUGAAUAGGAUUUGUAAAAAGCUAUGUUGAAAAAUUUCCAACUUUUGUGCAGAUAGAAGAUUGUGUUACGUUUGAUGUGGUACAGCCAUUUGACCACCGGUUCUUCUGUAUACUGAACUGCAUUCACAAUGAAAGAGCUGAGAAACACAGUAGUGGACCAGAAACUGUAUUUUUGCAUCUAUUGUAUACAGAGUUGUAUUUGUACUUAAGAAUUAUGUAGAAGUA